AUGGAGCUCUCAGAUUGGCAGAGGCAGCGCAGAGCUCCAGGUACCGCUCCCUUGUGAAAGUGAACCGGGCUGACAGAGAGCAGCAGCAGCAGCAGCGGCGGCGGCAGCGCAGGAGAGUGGCGCACCCUUUCUGCGCCUCCUUAGCGGAUGACUGUGCGCAGGUUGCACGCGCUGAAAACUCCCGGAAGCAGCAGGAAAGUUGAGGUGACGCUGACCGCUUUAAAGUUUUUUUUUCUCAGAAGAAGAAACUGAGCGGCAGUGUAGAAACCUCCCACACAGCAGUUUCUGUUGAAUUUCGAGCCACUUCUUUUUCUUCUUCUUCUUUUUGUUUGUCUCAGUGCUCAAGAGGCGUUCAGAGUCCUCAGGUGAUCUCAAAUGUAGGUACAGCCUGACCUACAUUAGAGUUGAACAACUCCACGAAAUUUGAACUGGAUGUACCUGAGGGACAAGUUCAUAGUCGCAAGGAAAAGACUUCCCUCAUGGUGCUGGAAACGCCUUAACAGGUGACGGCUUGGGACUUUGGAUCUUUUUAGUCGACUUUCCAACUCAUGGCAAGCCGACCUCCAACCUGCCGAAGAACACAGCUGUAAACGUCGCCACAAUCUUUGGGCUCUAUUGCCCGUCGACUAAACGUCCAUCUGUUUCAAGUCUUCUCUGACGCCAUGUCCAGCACAAAUUCUAGCGUCACUGUAUGCUACUAUAAUGAAACUGUGGAAUUUUUUUACAAUAACACCAAUAAGACGAUUUCUCCAUCCUGGCGCAAACGGGACUAUGCGGUCGUCUCUUUGGGACUGCUUGUUUGCUUCAUAGUUAUCUUUUCAAACCUUUUGGUCAUAUUGGCCAUUUUCAAAAACCGCCGCUUUCACUUCCCCAUCUACUACCUGCUGGGUAAUCUGGCUGUUUCAGACUUGUUCUCAGGCCUUGCCUACCUCCACUUGAUGUUUCACACUGGCCCUUGGACCAUAAGGCUAUCUCAGUACCAGUGGUUUGUUCGCCAAGGGCUAAUCGACACCAGCCUCACGGCCUCCGUCCUCAAUCUGCUUGCUAUUGCCAUGGAGCGACACCAGACCAUCUUCAACAUGCAGCUGCACAGCGAGAUGAGCACGCGGCGGGUUUUCAUCAUCAUAUUUUUCAUCUGGAUGGUGUCGAUUAUUAUGGGCCUUUUUCCCACAAUGGGAUGGAACUGUCUGUGUGACCUGAAGAGGUGCUCCACUAUGGCGCCGCUCUACAGUCGCAGUUUCCUGGUGUUCUGGGCGCUUAUCAACUUGAUCACUUUCUCCAUAAUGGUGGCCAUCUACACCCGGAUCUUCUUUUAUGUGAGGCACAAGAGCAGGCAGAUGUCUGAGCACACAACCCCGACCAGACACAGAGAGACCGUUCUCGGCUUGAUGAAGACCGUUUCAAUGAUCCUAGGCCUCUUCGUGCUCUGCUGGACCCCGGGCCUCGUUCUGCUGAUGCUUGAUGGUCUCUAUUGUGAAACAUGUAAGGUGCUGAACUACGAGAAGUACUUCCUGGUGCUGGCCGAGUGCAAUUCUUUCGUCAACCCCAUCAUCUACUGCUUCAGGGACAAAGACAUGAGGAAAACCUUCAAGGAGCUGCUGUGCUGCUUGUGCCGCCGGGGCAAGGGCCCGUCUGAUAAUGACUUUACCACCCUCGAGGAGUCGAGGCUUCGCACCAUCCGGAAGGCGACGAAGACCAACGGGACGCCGCUCAUGAACCACGUGUCGGAGGAUCACGCCGCCGCCUCAGACGGCUUCCACUGACACGACCUGAAACGCUCCCUUGACGGUAUCUACCGAUGUUCGAGUGCUUCAAGAGAAGAUGGCGCGCCUUUGACCAGCAGGCGGACAUGAAAUCCGAGCGAUUUCAAUCCUCCUUUCAAUAGACUUGAACUGUCUCUGAAUGCGAGCUGCACUCCGGUUUUAGAAGCACUCCACAAAUCAGCAGCAAGAACAGCAUGAUGGCGUGCAGAAGAAGUGAAAGGACUGUCACCAAGGUGGCCAUUUUGAAAAAGACCAAUGCAAUGUAAGCCCUGCCACACUGUGCUUAUGUGCGCGCAAAAGCUGCUACAUCAACUCGUUAACCUCUCUUCCUGUAGAUUAGAAACAUAAUUGCUAAAGCGAAAAACGGUAGCUUAAAAAUCGCUCCGAAUUACGCUUUGUGGGACAUUUAAUACUUACCAUCUCGCCUUGAUUUCAUAAGAAUCCAGAUUACAAAUAGCUAGUUUAUGAAAAACUUUUUUCCCCUCCAUCGUUUCCCGCUUUUUCUACAAAAAGGCAGCUAAAAGUUUGCGACGUAGCAUAGAGAUGAUGAUGAUGAUGAUGUCUGUUUGCACCAGAGAUUAUUUUAUAAAGCAAGCCAUUAACUGUAAAUAGUUAACGUUGUAACUUAUCACUGUUUUUUUGUGCCGUCUUGAAACCGUCUCGUUGUUGGUUGUUAAUCUGACAUUGAGCUCGCAGAGGAAGGACUUGCUGACACAUUUUCCUUUUUACUGUUUUUAUUUUACAGUUAAGAACUAGAUUUUUUUUUUUUUUUUUAAUGGUUUAUUGUUUUUAUUUGGGAGAUUUCAUCAGUUAGAAUCAGAAUCAGAUUUUAGGAGCUACAUUUUAAAUUUUGUUUUAACUUUUUUUUUUUUGUCCCAGUCCAGCUCUUUGCAACAGUAUCCACACCCUUUGAAUUUUCUCACAUUUUGUCACCUUACAAAACACAAACUUCAAUAUGUUUUACUGGGGAUUUUAUGGGAUGCAUCACCACAAAGUACUGCAAUAUGAAAAUAUGUAAAAAAAGAAAAGUACAUGUGUAUAGAUUUCAUGGAGCAUGUUAGCUGCGUAUGGAUUUCUUCUUGCAUCUGUUCAAUAAAGGCCUAAAUGUAACUAAUUGUGUGAGUUUUGAAGGGAAAUGGUUGGGUUUGAUUUUUUUGAGGAGUUCAGAUGAAUGCCACACAUCUCGUAUUUCACUUCCCCUUUUCACAUAAUGCGACUUUAUGUUGGAUUCUCACACACAAUCCCAGUAAAAUGUAUACUUUGUGGGUUUUACGUGGGAAAAGUUCAACGCCUGUGGAUACUGUUGCAGCGUUUUUGAGUUUUAAAAACUGUUUUUACACAUCAGGCUGGCUCACGCACAGAGGGCCUCUGUGCGUUUUUCUUUUUCUAACAAUUACCGCUGCAAGUUUUUUGUUGCACGGUACGUCUCUGUACUCCAAACUUUUUUUUUUAAGGGCUGAUUUGAGAUGAUCUGUUUGUUUUGUGCUGAUAUCCCAGGAGCCGCUCGGCUUCGUGCAAAAAUCAAACCGACGUUGCUUCUACUUUAUUUUAUUUUUGGUAUCAAGCUGUGCAGCAACCAGGAUUAGAAAUAAAGCAAAUUACAUUUAACAUGAAGUGAAACUGACAGGCUAAUAAGUCACAAACUUUCUAGUUUUUACCACAGCUCUUUGUUUGGUUAGUGACGAUAUAAAUCUGUCAUUAAAAGCUUUAAAUACA